AUGAAGAAAGAUGUUAUGAGGCUUACAAGUGGGCCUCAACUAAUGUUGCAGGUACCAAAGCAAAAGUAUAAAAUAUCAGUGAAGACCAACAGAGUAUUUGAUAUUACAGAACGCAAGAACUAUUGUAGUAACUUUUGCUAUAAAGCUUCCAAAUACUUUGAAUCACAAAUCCCAACUUCUCCUGUGUGGACAAGAAUAGGAGAAAGCCCAAAGGAACUCACUUUGCUCAAAGCAACAGAUUUGUCUUUCAAACCAAGUCCUGGAGAGUUAAUGGUUGGCAGUGAAAAGUUAGGACACCAUAACCUARGAAAUGAAAACGAACCAAACGUAGAGAAAACAUGUAAUGCUGAUAGCAGUAAGACAAGUAGUGUUGAAAAUAGCCUUCAUGACACAUUCAGUAAUGCUCAUCUUGAUGAUGAGAGUGAUGUUGCUAACCACAGCAUGGCACAUUCAUCAAAGAAGACAAUAGACAAGGAAGAUGAAGUCACCAGUAAACUGAAUGAACUAGCUAUGUCAACCACUUGCAAGUCUAUGAAGAACAACAAAAUAGCUAAYGAAGAACAUAAAGAAGACACAGACUGGCCUAACAAGUUUAGUUUUCCAUCUCAUAGUGAGAAGAAUGAGGAAAAAGCUUUUGAUAAAAAUGAGAAAGAAUCCUUACAGAAAAUACGACAAGAGAAACAUAUUUUAAGGACAGAAGAAAGUGGAAGAAAUGCAAAAGAAAUAUUCCUGAACACUAUAAAAGAUAUACUAAUACAGUGGUUCACAGAUUCUACGUAUAGAUAUUUAAACGUGGUGUCAUCCAGUUCUGGGAAUGUUGAUACUUUGGAAGAUGUUAGUGGUACCAAACCAGAUGUACUAGAACAGAAUGAAGCACAAAAUUGUAGUGAUAAAACGUUAAGGUUUCAAAAAACUGAUAAAAAGCCAGGUGAUGUUGAUGAUGACAGUGAUGGUGCUGGUGAUGCUGAUGACAAGAAUCAAACAGAAAAGCAUUUAAAACUAAAUCCGGAGAAUAUGAGAAUUAUUGAAAGAAAUACAGAUACAGAAGAGGGCUUCCCCUGUGUUGUCCCACCGAUUGACUCCAAGUCACAGCUAAGAAUAAGGAGACAAAUAGUGCUUCAAAAAUUAGCACAAGUGCUUCCCGAGGUAAUAGUUACAACUCCAUACAACAAGAGUGAACUGGUAACGCACUUCACAGCCCUAGUAAGAACGUUCAGUUUGGAGAGCCGAAACACGAUGUUUAAGCCACUCCAAUGGAAGGUUCUAGCGACAACCCUGAUUCACUUGCUUGAAAAGCAUCGUGGUUUGAAAGGAGAUCAUUUCUCGAGCGAUAACAGGAAGAAAAUGUUGGUAAAUUUAGGUUUAACGAUUGAAGACAUGAACAAUAUCAUGGACUCGAUAUCAAUGACUGUCCAAAACAAUACAACGUUCGGGGUACCAAGCGAAGACACGGAGACCAGACAAGAACACUCGACAAUGUACAGUCGUAUGGAAGACCUCGAUUGAUAAGCGAUCGAAAAAACGAAUAUCACACGCAGGAAAAGCUACAUUUUUAAAUUUAACUUUGCAUAAAAAAAGAUUGAAAAAAAGAAGUGUGUUGCUUAUCAAACAUGCCAUUUGCCUUCGAGUAGAAGAUCCUUCGAGUUGGUUACUGAACUGUGCCAGAGAUUUUAUUAAAAACUAAGGAAGAGUUUUCGAUGGACUGCAAGUAUGGUUGCAUCUUUUUCAGUAGGUUUUCAGUAAAAGUUUAAUAUAAAARAGCUAAAAGCUGUAACUAUAAACUUAAAAGCUUAUUUUUCCAAAAACAUUUGUAUAGCUCGGCCAUAAGUUUAAAUAGCAAUUCUUCGAUAUCUCAGUUGACUUUUUACAUGUCUGAAACCUCGGCCUUCGGGGAUGGCCAAAGAUUCAUAAUCAGUUUCUGUUUUGUUCCUUUCAUUCUCGGAUGUCUUUGAUUCAUCUUCAUGUUCAAAUUCUUCAUCGCUGUACUCCGCAUCAUCACACUCUUCAUUACUGUACUCAUCAUGGUCGCACUUUUCAUCGCUGUCUUCCUUAUAAUCGUACUCUACAUCGAUAUCGUCGCUCUCUUUAUCGCUAUACUCCUCAUCAUCGCUCUCUUCAUCGCUGUGUACUUCAUGAUCAUUGCACUCUUCAUCACUGUAGACCACAUCAUCACACUCUUCAUCGCUGUAUUCCACAUCAUCGCACUCAUCCUCCUCCUCAUCACCUUCGUUUUCCAUGCUGUCUAUCUCAGUGUCUGUGUCUUCAUCUGAGGCUGCUACUUCCGCGAGGCUCUCAUCAACAUUAUUUGCGAGCCUCUUGACGUAUACGUCUGGAGUCACGUCUCUCAUCAAUACAGCGAGCCCCUUUCUUUCUUCUUUGAGUGCUACGUAUCUGCAGAACAAAGAAAAUCAGCUGUGGUCAAAAAUGUACCUGUUUUCGGUUCUUUAGGAGAUACAUUUCGCUGGAACUCCAGGAUACAGCACACGGGUCGAGUUAGUAUUGCAACGCAUUGUGGGGCUUUUUAGGGUACAUAUUUCCAAGAUGGCGUCUAUUUUAUCCCCUAAAACAGUCCCACAAUGCACUGCAAUGCCAACUUGACCCGCUUUUUCUUCAGCCUCAGAAUGGUUAAUACGGCAAAUGCAGUCUCGUACCCGAAGAGGGGAGAAACAAUCCCGACGAGCUCCGGGUGAAGGAUUGAUAGGAAUGAUAACAAAGUAUAGAACAAUAAUGUGCAAGAAUGAGAUGAGUAAAACUUUAACCUUUUUGCGAGACACGAUCUAAUGAAGAUUUGAUUUCAAUUUAGAGCCAGCUCCUGUAGAGUGCGUAGUUAACACCCAUUUUUAUCAGUGCUCCGUUCUUACGGUAAAAUAACUUUUCACUGAAACGACAGCCAUCUUUAAUUAUGGGAUGCCCAGGGACCAAACAUAGAAAUAUUUGUAUUAAAGCGUAGAAUAGCGAAGUUACUUUUUCAAAUGAUUUUACGCUUUAGUGUUUUACAUAUCGCUCCAACUACGAGCAAAUUCAAAUGGUUUUGCAGAUGUGUUUCACUUUGGAUAAAGUUGUCAACUUUAUAUAAACAAUAAUAGACACAAUGACAGCUGUGCUGUCUAUAACGUUUCCAGUAUUUGCUGCCUCGGCAUUCUAUAAUAUCUCACUUAAAACAAGAGAAUUCAAGAUGACCGCCGUAUCAGUAAAAUGAUCCGCCCGUGUUAGCUUCCAUUUAGAGAUAAGUUGAAAACAGGUAAAAGAUGYCAUAGUAGGUUCAGCUAGAUCAAGAAGUGUUAGCACCAUCAAUAGAGUCAGCCUUCUUUCCUGUAAACGGCAAGUAUUUWAUACUAAUAUUGCAAACAUA